CUGUGUCCCACCACGUAAUUAGUUCAAGGUGUAAGGUAUAUAAAACAGGGAAGCAGUUUAAAAAUAUAUACAAUUAGAAAUCACGAAGUCUAGGAAAGCAUGGAACUGUCAUAUUGCAUUGGAUUAUUGAUAACCUUAGCACUGGUGGUCGUUAACGGAACACGUUACGGGGAACCCCCUCCGCCGAAUACACCAGACAUCUGCACUCUGCCUCGCAAUCCGGGUCCUUGUCGCGGUGCGUGUCCACGUUAUUACUACGACGCUAGAAGCGGAAGAUGCCGCAGCUUUACUUAUGGUUGUUGUGGAGGAAACGCAAACAAUUUCAAAACAAAAUCCCUUUGUAAGAGGAUCUGCCAGCCUGAACCUUGCCCAACCAUAAAUUGUAUCGUUGGUGCCUGCACAAUUCAAACGUGUCCCGGUGUUCCAGGUGCCACUUGCAGGGCCGUGUGUACGUGUAUCUCGGUUUGGGUGUAUGAUGGAGAGGACGUCUCUGAUCGCUGUUGGGACCGUACCAAGUUUUAGAACCAGAAUAAAUCUCAAACAGGAAAUGACCUGUGCAAAUCUUAGAAGAUCAGAUGUAAUACAGUCAGAUGGCAUUUCGUAAAUAAAAGAAUUAAAAUGUA